AUGCGUACAAAGGCAAUCCCAGUCCUCUGGGGGUGCUUCCUCCUCCUCUGGAAUCUCUGCACCUCAUCCUCUCAGACCAUUUACCCUGGAAUCAAGGUGAGAGCUACUCAGCGCGCACUGGACUAUGGGGUUCAGGCUGGCAUGGAGAUGAUUGAACACAUGGUCAAGGAAAAGAACAUCCCAGAUAUAAAUGGUUCCGAGUCUCUUGACUUCCUAAAGGUUGAUUAUGUGAACUACAACUUUUCAAACAUCAAAAUCAAUGCCUUUUCAUUUCCAAAUACGUCAUUAGCCUUUGUGCCUGGAGUGGGGAUCAAAGUCCUGACCAACCACGGCACUGCCAAUAUCAGCACAGACUGGGAAAUCAAGUCUCCACUUUUCCAAGAUGCAGGAGGGGCUGAUCUCUUUCUCUCUGGAGUCUACUUUAUCGGUAUUGUUAUCCUGACCCGAAAUGACUCUGGGCAUCCAAUCCUGAGGCUGCAAGACUGCUACGCCCAAGUGAGCCACGCCCAUGUCUCAUUUUCUGGAGAGCUCAGUGUCCUAUAUAACUCCUUUGCUGACCCCAUGGAAAAACCCAUUUUAAAGAACUUAAAUGAAAUGCUGUGUCCUAUUAUCACAAGAGAGGUUGAAGCGCUAAAUGCCAAUCUCAGCACACUGGAAGUUUUAACCAAGAUCGACAACUAUACUGUGCUGGAUUAUUCCCUAAUCGAUUCUCCAGAAAUUACUGAAAACUACCUUGACCUGAACUUGAAGGGCGUGUUCUACCCACUGGAAGACCUCACCGACCCCCCAUUCUCACCAGUUCCUUUCGUGCUCCCGGAACGUACUGACUCCAUGCUCUACAUUGGAAUCUCCGAGUAUUUCUUUAAGUCGGCUUCCUUUGCUUAUUUCAUUGCUGGGGCUUUCGACGUCAUGCUCUCCACCAGAGAGAUUUCCAACCACUUUGUUCAAAACUCUCAAGGCCUUGGCAACGUGCUCUCCCGGAUCGCUGAGAUAUACAUCUUGUCCCAGCCCUUCAUGGUGCGGAUCAUGGCCACAAAGCCCCCCGUGGUCCAUUUACUACCAGGUAACUUCACCCUGGACAUCCCUGCCUCCAUCAUCAUGCUUACGCAACCCAAGAACUCUACGGUGGAAACCAUCGUUUCCAUGGACUUUGUUGCUAGUACCAGUGUUGGCCUGGCUAUUUUGGGACAAAGACUGAUCUGCUCCUUGUCUCUGAACAGAUUCCGCCUCUCUUUGCCAGAAUCCAAUCGCAGCAAUAUUGAGGUCUUGAGGUUUGAAAACAUUCUGUCCUCCAUUCUUCACUUCGGAGUCCUCCCACUGGCCAAUGCAAAAUUGCAGCAAGGAUUUCCUCUGCCCAACCCACACAAAAUCUCAUUUGUCAAUUCAGAUAUUGAGGUUCUUGAGGGUUUCCUUUUGAUUUCCACCGACCUGAAGUAUGAAACAGCCUCAAAGCAGCAGCCAAGCUUCCACAGUUGGGAAGGUCUGAACCAGAUAAGCCGACAGUGGAGCAAGAAGUCAUCCCCUUGA